AUGAGAGUGCAGUACAUAUAUAAUAAAUUAAAAGAAUCCAGCGUGAAUGGAAAAAUAGAGAUUGGUUUUAGAAGGAUAGAAGAUAUUAACAAGGCACAUUCAGACCUACGCAGAUUAGAUCGUUUUUAUGAACCUGACGCUACUAAAAAUGUCAUCUUAGAUUUAUCAUCUCAAGAUGCUUAUAGAAAAAUAUUAAAACAGAUACCGGAAGUAGGAAUGAAUAGAGAAGGUUAUAAUUAUUUAAUGGGAACCUUGGAUAUGUUAAGUUUAAAUCUGUCGAGAUUUAGACAUGGCGGGGUAAAUAUCACUGGCUUUCAACUUGUCAAUCAUACCUCUGGUAGUGUUAGAAAGUUUUUAAGUAACUGGACAUCUUUAGAAUCCAAUGUUUGGCCUGGUGCAGGAACUCCAGUUCUGGACUGUAAAAGAAUAAGAGAUGAAUAUAAAGAUAGAGAAAUAUGUAUUUACAAACAAGAUAAAAGAGUAAUGAUGGAGAAAUACGUAAUUACAAACAAGAUAAAACAAUAA